GGAAGAAGCUGCGCAAGACCUUCUCUGGUGAGGGUGGCACGUUGGAGGACAUGCGUGCGGAGGGUGUCAACCUGCACGCAGACAUGGCGUACCAACUCAUUCGGUUCUUCUGCCCCGACGACAAUCUCCUCGCGGAGGUGACGUCGAAGCACAGCAGGGGUGAGAUGAGCAGCGCCGAGGAAAAGGACCUCGCCGCGGAUGUCGUUGUGCGGCACGUCUUGUCGGGGUGGCAGGCGCGGCGGGCUGGCGUCACAGAUGCCGACGUGGAACACUUCUCCGGCAUCCGCAGCAUUCUUCUGUGA